GAUCAUUCAGGUACAAGAUAUUUAGCAAGAUCAGACUCUAAUGUUGAGAAUGUGAGGAGGUCUGGCCGUGUUCCAGUUUCAUCUCAAAGCUGUUCACGAGGGGUUGAGAAGUUCUUGUUUGCAGGAGUUCUUCCACUGGACCGCACAUCAACAACGACGUCUUCACGGAGCUCGCUUGGACUAUCGUCUUGCUGGAAACAAUUUGGGAAUCUUCAUAUGGUGGCCAUACUUUGUAGGAGCAGUUUCAUUUGCUCUUCUAAGAUGUUCCACUAGACUUGUGGAGAUUUUUCUGUGUGGUUGAGGAGACCUGGGGUGCAGUCGGCAUGAAAAAUUCAUCUCAAAGGUGUUCAGUAAGGUUUAGAGCUCUAUUGCAAACCACUCAACAUCUUUCUCUCUCAUACCUUCAGGGACUUUUUGCACAAAUUAUCAAAAAGGUUCUCCAAGUUCGAGUGAAGGAACAUUUCAUGCAAAGACAUCUCUCCAAGUUUGUGGGACCAGUUUGGUAAAUUCUUCAGACAGAAACCAACAACCAGCAGUGAAAUUAAACAAUUGACCACAAAAUGAUGUUACAGUUUUCCAUUCAACCCAAUUCAACUUUUAAUUAGAAACAAUAAACCCAUUACACAUGCUAAAGGUUUCUGGAGGUGGUGGUGGUGGUGUUUAGAAGGGAGAAGAAAUUUAGAAAGAAAAAGAUCUCACAGACACACGUGGGAGCAUCAUGCUAGAUAUUUGUGAACAUUUGAGUUAUUUGAUUUGCAAUUGUUUUGGGGUUUUUUUUACUUCAUCACAGCCAUGAUGUCUGAGGCGAACACAGGCUGGGUUGCAUGGUGAAAUCGUGAAUCCGUCAUUUAGCUGCACGUACACACACACACACACGCACGCACGCACGCAGGCAGGCAGGCGCGCACACACACAUACACACACACACACACACACGAACAGUCGUGUCCCCCAAAUUUGGCGACAGACAGCGCGAGCGUGUUGGAGGAACCGCUAAAACGACCUCCAGACCUCCUCGGGUUCUGAUGAAGGAUUGCUAUUUUUUGCUGUAAAAGAAGAGACGAAGGAGAGAAGCUGCAGGAUCUGGUUGCUGCAUGAAGAACAAUGAGAUGGAGUCGGGCGGUUUCUUGGAUCACGAGAGGUUUUUGAGGAUGCUGCGCGAGCGCGGAGAAAACGGGCAAGACGCAGGGAUGUGUCACAUCGACCAGCAGAGAAAACACGCUCUUUCCACGAGGUGAGGUCCGACCUACCACAGCUACAGCGAUGGUGUACGCUCUGCCAAUGGACGCCGCAAAGCCGUCUCUGCACACGACCCUCCUCACGUACCUGAUGCCGAACAAUUCGCAGAGGGACAAUGUGUCGACUCCGGCUGCCGGUUCCCCAACGCCCGUUUGCGACCUGGAAACUUCCUCGAACAGCACCCAAGUGUCCUAUGAGCUCAGUCCAGCAGAAGUGACCGUCCUGGGGCUGAUCUUUGGCGUCUUUUGGCUGGUCUCGGUUCUUGGGAACGCUUUGGUGUGUCUUGUGAUACACCGCAGCCGGAGAACUCAGUCCACCACCAAUUACUUUGUGGUGUCCAUGGCCUGUGCUGAUUUGCUGCUGAGUCUCGGUUGUGCUCCAUUCGUCCUGCUCCAGGUCUCGUCCGGGUAUUGGCCCCUGAGCACGGCGGCCUGCAAGGCAGUGCGCUACAUCCAGCACCUGUGCCCCGGCGUGCAGGUCUACGUCCUGCUUUCCAUCUGCGUGGAUCGCUUCUACACGAUCGUAUAUCCACUCAGCUUUAAAGUGUCUCGGGAGAAGGCCAAACGCAUGAUCCUGGCGUCCUGGCUCUUCGACGCCGCUUUCGUCUCGCCGUGCCUCUUUUUCUAUGGAUCGUCAUCGUCAAUCACGCAAAGACACUGCGAAUUUUUCCUCCUGGGAUCGUGGGAUGGUCUGGCCUACGCCCUGGUUCACCUCCUGUUUGGGUUCCUGGUUCCAGCACUUCUCAUCUUGUCAUUCUACCAGAGGGUCGUGCGGUACAUUUGGCGCAUCAGCGCGGACGGACGCACGGUGCGCAGGACUAUGAACAUUGUGCCCAGGACGAAAGUGAAAACCAUCAAGAUGUUUCUGAUGCUAAACACUGUGUUCCUCCUCACGUGGAUGCCUUUUUACGUAGCGCAGCUUUGGCAUCCCGACGUCUCCGCCGGCCCCAGCAGGCAGGGGGCGCUCUUUUUCGUGGCCAUCGCGUGGAUGUCGUUCAGCUCCACCGCCUCAAAGCCGACGCUCUAUUCGGUCUACAACGCCAAUUUCCGGCGAGGAAUGAGAGAGACGUUCUGCAUGUCAUCCAUGAAGUGCUACCGGAGCAACGCGUACACCAUCACGGCUAGUUCACGCAUAGCCAAGAAGAAUUACGUUGGUGUUGUGGAUUUGUCGGUUCCGCCGAAAACUCUGAUCAAAGAUUCCGUGUACGACACGUUCGACCGGGAAGCAAAAGAGAAAAAACUUGCAUGGCCUAUAAGUGUCAACCCUCCCAACACAUUCGUAUAGAGUCGCGACACGUUGACACGUUCGACGCGUUUCAUCCAAAUGUACUCGAAGGUGCUCAGGUGCUGAUUUUUCUAGAGCACACCUGGCAUCGAAAACUGAAAGCGCUACACCUUUUAUUGUCGUUUUAUUAAGCAGGAUAUUACGAAAAGCAAAAACUGACAGCAGCCAGGUGAGGAGGAGCUUGUGAGAAGAACCUCACGAGGAACGCUUUUUGUGUCAUUUGUCUGUAGUAUGUUCCGUAGCGUUAAAUCUGUUGUUUCUUGUGAUCCUAAAUGUCGAGACACUAAAGGUCAGAAGAUACGUGUCGAGACAAACCCAGUGCCGUGACUCUUAUCUAUACUUGUGUCCACGUGUCUAGAUUUGCCCAAUGGGUCUAUGUGUGGACUUUCAUCUACAGCGCUGUCGAUCUCAACGUCUUACCACUGUGAUGAUGUCUUCGUCCAUUACCAUACUGAGUUCCUUUCUGUAGGAAACAUGUCCCUGGUCCAGAAAACGUCUUAAACCGUGUUGCAUUAAACAAUGACGAGCAGAAAAUAAAAAAAUAUUUAAAAACGA